UCAGCCCUUGGGCUGCUCGGAGCGCACGGUCCGACGCAGCCACGCCGGGGGCACGCCAGGGGCGCUCCGGACCCCCGGAAUCCCAGCGCCCACGACUGCGACAAUGCUCGUGACCUCCACCGCGAAGUCACCGCGGCGCGGCGACGCGAAGACCUCAGUGAGCCCCGGCACCGGGCACCCGCCCGUCUCCAGCCUGAUGUGACUCUCCUCAGCUGCGUGCUCUUUCUUUUGGGUUUACUAGGACUCGAAGCAGCGGAGGCGGCCACAAAGUUGAGACGCUCGCCCUAGUGGGCAAGUUUGGGCGAUUAGAGCUGAGGAGUGGUGGGGCAGGCAGCCGCCGCCAGGCUCGCCCGACCGGGAGCGCUUGCCCACAGCACUCACCCCCUCCAGCGGCGGAAAUAUGAAGUCAGGGGGAAGCGGUGUCAGGAGCUGACUCGCCCUAAAGCGCUCGGGCGCUGCUGCCGGGAAAUGGGAAGCAAAGUGUUUGGGGGACUAAGUCCGGCCUCAGAGAUGCUCAAAAAGCGGCUGCCGAGGCCCAGGCGCAUCGCGCACGCGGCGGAGUUGGAAGUGUCCUCUGUGCAAGCCGCUGCCGUCGCCACCUAGGCGAGGGGCUGGGGGCGCAGCCCGUAUGUAGCUCGUUCGGGCCACUCACGGCCCCGCCGAGCCUUCACGGCUGCUGUGCCUCUCCUUUUGGCUCUGCAAGUGCCCACUUCAGUCCGGAGAGGCGCUCGGGCCGCCUGAGCUGCCCGCCGCACCUGGUCGUCCCUCCUCCUAUUCCCCCGUGAGGCGCCCUCCCCCGCCCCCUCGCUCCCCUCCCCCAAACCACAGCCCGAGCUCGCUCCUGCGCGCGCGCUCUCCCGGGCCCUAGUGAAUAGUCCUCGCGCGAGCGGGACACGGUGGUGGAUGCAAUUCCGCUCGCUUACAGCCGCCAGGAGCUCCCUGGCGUCGCAGGCAGCGUCCUCCUCCGAAGCAGCUGCGCCUGCACCUGGGCAGCCUGGACCUUCGUGCCCUGCCCUCGGGGCCUCACGCGGGGGGCGCCCCGGGACACCUCCUGCAGGCCGGGUGGAGGAGGAAGAGGAGGAGGAAGAAGACGUGGACCGGGACCCCUACCCUACGCAGAACACCUGGCCCCGCUGCUAUCACUUCUCUUUAAGUGGGAGAAGAGAGCCGGGGAGAGCCAUGGGGGGCUGCGAAGUCCGGGAAUUUCUUUUGCAAUUUGGUUUCUUCUUGCCUUUGCUGACAGCUUGGCCAGGCGACUGCAGUCACGUCUCCAACAACCAAGUUGUGUUGCUUGAUACAACAACUGUGCUGGGAGAGCUGGGAUGGAAAACAUAUCCGUUAAAUGGGUGGGAUGCUAUCACUGAAAUGGAUGAACACAAUAGGCCCAUUCACACGUACCAGGUAUGCAAUGUAAUGGAACCAAACCAAAACAACUGGCUUCGUACGAACUGGAUCUCCCGUGAUGCAGCUCAGAAAAUUUAUGUGGAAAUGAAGUUUACAUUGAGGGAUUGUAACAGCAUCCCAUGGGUUUUGGGGACUUGCAAAGAAACAUUUAAUCUGUAUUAUGUGGAAUCAGAUGAGUCCCAUGGAAUUAAAUUCAAGCCAAGCCAAUAUACAAAGAUUGACACAAUUGCUGCUGAUGAAAGUUUUACCCAGAUGGAUUUGGGUGAUCGUAUCCUGAAGCUUAACACGGAAAUUCGUGAGGUGGGGCCUAUAGAAAGGAAAGGAUUUUAUCUGGCUUUUCAAGACAUUGGGGCAUGCAUUGCCCUGGUCUCGGUCCGUGUUUUCUACAAAAAGUGCCCCUUCACUGUUCGUAACUUAGCUAUGUUUCCUGACACCAUCCCAAGGGUUGAUUCUUCUUCUUUGGUUGAAGUAAGGGGCUCUUGUGUGAAGAGUGCGGAAGAGCGUGAUACUCCUAAACUAUAUUGUGGAGCUGAUGGAGAUUGGCUGGUUCCCCUUGGAAGGUGUAUCUGCAGUACAGGAUAUGAAGAAAUCGAAGGUUCUUGUCACGCUUGCAGACCAGGAUUCUAUAAAGCAUUUGCUGGGAACACAAAAUGUUCUAAAUGCCCUCCCCACAGUUUCACCUAUAUGGAAGCAACUUCUGUCUGUCAGUGUGAAAAGGGUUACUUCCGAGCUGAAAAAGACCCACCUUCCAUGGCAUGUACCAGGCCACCUUCAGCUCCUAGGAAUGUGGCUUUUAACAUCAAUGAAACGGCCCUUAUUUUGGAAUGGAGCCCACCAAGUGACACAGGAGGGAGAAAAGAUCUCACAUACAGUGUAAUCUGUAAGAAAUGUGGCUUAGACACCAGCCAGUGUGAGGACUGUGGUGGAGGACUCCGCUUCAUCCCAAGACAUUCUGGCCUGAUCAACAAUUCUGUGAUAGUACUUGACUUUGUGUCUCACGUGAAUUACACCUUUGAAAUAGAAGCCAUGAAUGGAGUUUCUGAGUUGAGUUUUUCUCCCAAGCCAUUCACAGCUAUUACAGUGACCACGGAUCAAGUUGCACCUUCCCUGAUAGGUGUGGUAAGGAAGGACUGGGCAUCCCAAAAUAGCAUUGCCCUAUCAUGGCAAGCACCUGCUUUUUCCAAUGGAGCCAUUCUGGACUACGAGAUCAAGUACUAUGAGAAAGUCUACCCACGGAUAGCGCCGGCAUUUUGGCACUACCUGCGGGUAGAAGAGCAUGAGCAGCUCACCUACUCCUCCACAAGGUCCAAGGCACCCAGUGUUAUCAUCACGGGCCUCAAGCCGGCCACCAAGUACAUAUUUCAUAUCCGAGUGAGGACUGCAACAGGAUACAGUGGCUACAGUCAGAAGUUUGAAUUUGAAACAGGAGAUGAGACUUCUGACAUGGCGGCCGAGCAGGGACAGAUUCUCGUGAUAGCCACCGCGGCUGUUGGGGGGUUUACUCUCCUCGUCAUUCUUACUUUGUUCUUCUUAAUCACUGGGAGGUGCCAAUGGUACAUAAAGGCCAAAAUGAAGUCAGAAGAGAAGAGAAGAAACCACUUACAGCAGAAUGGGCAUUUAGGUUUCCCAGGAAUUAAAACUUACAUAGAUCCAGAUACAUAUGAAGACCCAUCCCUAGCAGUUCAUGAAUUUGCAAAGGAGAUUGAUCCCUCGAGAAUUCGCAUUGAGAGAGUCAUUGGGGCAGGAGAAUUUGGAGAAGUCUGUAGUGGGCGUUUGAAGACACCAGGGAAAAGAGAGAUCCCCGUUGCCAUCAAAACUUUGAAAGGUGGCCACAUGGAUCGACAAAGAAGAGAUUUUCUAAGAGAAGCUAGUAUCAUGGGUCAAUUUGACCACCCAAAUAUCAUUCGACUAGAAGGUGUUGUCACAAAAAGAUCCUUCCCGGCUAUUGGGGUGGAGGCGUUUUGCCCCAGCUUCCUGAGGGCAGGGUUUUUAAAUAGCAUCCAGGCCCCGCAUCCAGUGCCAGGGGGAGGAUCUCUGCCCCCCAGGAUUCCGGCUGGCAGACCAGUAAUGAUUGUGGUGGAAUAUAUGGAAAAUGGAUCCCUAGACUCCUUUUUGCGGAAACAUGAUGGCCAUUUCACUGUCAUCCAGUUGGUCGGUAUGCUCCGAGGCAUUGCAUCUGGAAUGAAGUAUCUUUCUGAUAUGGGUUAUGUUCAUCGUGAUCUAGCAGCUAGGAAUAUAUUGGUCAACAGCAACUUAGUAUGCAAAGUUUCUGAUUUUGGUCUCUCCCGGGUGCUGGAAGAUGAUCCAGAAGCUGCUUAUACAACAACUGGUGGGAAAAUUCCCAUAAGGUGGACAGCCCCCGAAGCUAUUGCCUACAGAAAAUUCUCCUCAGCAAGUGAUGCAUGGAGCUACGGCAUUGUCAUGUGGGAGGUCAUGUCCUAUGGAGAGAGACCUUAUUGGGAAAUGUCUAACCAAGAUGUCAUUCUGUCCAUUGAAGAAGGUUACAGACUUCCGGCUCCCAUGGGCUGUCCAGCAUCUCUACACCAGCUGAUGCUCCAUUGUUGGCAGAAGGAGAGAAAUCACAGACCAAAAUUUACUGACAUUGUCAGCUUCCUUGACAAACUGAUCCGCAAUCCCAGUGCCCUUCACACCCUGGUGGAGGACAUCCUUGUGGUUAACGGACCCCACAGCCAGUGCCCAUCAGCAGAGCUCUCUAACUGUUCUAUGGCUGUAGAAGCAGGCAGAAUGCCAGAAUCCCCUGGUGAAGUUCUGGAAUAUCCUCUGUUUGUCACAGUCGGUGACUGGCUGGAUUCUAUAAAAAUGGGGCAAUAUAAGAAUAACUUCAUGGCAGCAGGGUUUACAACUUUUGACCUAAUUUCAAGAAUGAACAUUGAUGAUAUUAGAAGAAUUGGAGUCCUACUCAUUGGACACCAGAGACGGAUAGUCAGCAGUAUACAGACUUUACGUUUACACAUGAUGCACAUACAGGAGAAAGGAUUUCAUGUAUGAAAGUACUACAAGCACUUGUGUUUUGUGCCUCAGCAUUUCUAAAAUGAAAGAUAUCCUCUCUACUACCCUCUCUUCUGAUUCUCCAACAUCACUUCACAAACUGCAGUCUCCUGUUCAGACUACGGGCACGCACCUUUUGUUUAUGCUUCCAACUUGGAUUUUAAAAUUAUGCCUCAUAGCUCCUCUCUGAAUAACCUGCAAAUAAAACCCCGGCCCACUGCAGAUUAUCACUACACAAUGGUAAAUAACUCAGCAUGGAUUUGUAACUUUGUACAACAGUAUUUGGGAAGUGUUUACGAACUUAACCCAAAGGAAUUUGCGCACAUGCGGCUUCCUUAGUGAUGUAUUUAGACUUCGAUGGUAGAUGAAAAAGAAAUAGUUGACCUUUCUUUUAUGUUUUGUGAUCAAGUAGCUUCCAAACUGACAUGAAUAUUUUUAGAUAAUUAUAUUCAACUCUGUGGAUCAUAUUGUUACUUUAUUUAACUGUUGAUGCCUGAUGUUGUUAGAAUUAUUUGCAGAAAUAACCAAUGAUGUCAUUUGGUGAAUUCUUGUCAGGUGUGACUGCACUAAGAAGGGGGUUAUCAGGGAGGGAGAGGGAGAAACAUACUGUGUUUUUCAAUCUUCUAAGUCUGGGUUUGUCUCUUUUUUUAAAUUGCCUUUAUAGUGUCCUACAUAUUUCAUAGUAGGUGGUAGUUUAGAGGCUUUUCCCUUCUAAGUUUUACUAACUAUAAUAUAUUUCUCUCCUACCUUAUGAAGAUCACCGCAGAAAGACCAAGAGUGGGUCCAGUGUUCUAAAGGCUUUCAUCGAGUGAAGCAUGAAAUAAAAACCAUGUCUAUUCCCUUGGUUCACUUUCACAAGUUUGCAAAAGCAGUUAUCAAAGCACUGAGAAAAUCAGUUAUUUUCAGUAGAAUUGCUUCAAAUAAAAGAUCUAAGAUUAUCACCUUAGAUUUAAUGUAAAAAGAGUAAUUAAUUUAAUUUAAACACAAAUUUAUGAUAGCUAUAUGGUGCCCAAAAAAAUAAACACAUCUAACUGACUGUCUGAUAUUGGUGCAUUUUGCAAGUUUAAGAAUCUUUAUAUUUUUUUCCUAAAAAAUAAGUUACAUGAACAUGCUGAGCUGUUUUCCAAACCUUUCAAGAGACAAGUAUGCCACUGCAUGUUCCAAAGAGGAUAUGAACAGACCUAACACAUGAGCAUAUAUAUAUAUAUAUAUAGUGUGUCAACCUGGGCCCAUAACACAGUAACAUAAAAAUGUGAAUACAGCUAAAAAGUGUGUUGUUAUAAUUGUCUCAGAGGCUGCAAAAAAAGGCAAAUAUAUUUUUCAGUGAAUUAAGCUGAGUCAAUUUAUCAAAACAGUGCUGCUUUAUGAGUAAGUUCAAUUGUAAAAUCAGCUGUUGUCUGUGAAAGUAUAGAAUGGCUCUUGUGCUGGGUUUGGAAGAGUAGGGAGGAUGUGUUGAGAAAGAGAGAUUUUAAAAAGAGCAGGUUGUCUAAAGAUGAUUAUUUAAUAAAUCAGUUUUUCUUUGAUCCAAGACAUAAAGGUGCCCAACCCACAUUCUCCAGUUCUUACCUAAAUUUUUGGUAAUAGCAGCUGUCUUGCUAUUAAAGGAGACUCUCUUUUAUUCUUUUAAGAUUUGUUGAUUGUCCCAUUAGACUAGACCCUUCCACAUACAUUCUUUUGCUGAUUUAUCUCCUGAUUUUUGUCUAUCACAGCUUAAUUUUUCUCGUUUCAAAAAAAAUUGUAUUGAGCUAGAAGGACGAGUCUUUUAAAUAUUCCUUAAAGUAUACUAAAAAAGAAAAAACUGAGAAAUUUAUCACUUUUUAAGUAAGUGUGUCAGAAAUGCUAGCAACAAUUUCUAGGCACCACAUGCAUGGUCAUGCAUCACUCAUGCACUGUCUGCAGUUUGCUUGAUACAUUUACACAAACCUGGAUACAUGUAGAGGAAAUACAAAAUUUCCAUACUUACCUGUCUUCAAAUAUAUAUUAAAUAAGAACAGAAUGUAAAACAGAUUAAAUUUAUUAAUCAUAUAUUUAUUUUUAUAAUACAACAAAAAAGUAUUUAGAAAAAUAAGGAAUAGAAUAAUUAUGGUCUUCCAUAGGACUCUGUCAGCAACAUCUGUAUACUUUGAUGAAAUAAAUUCUAUAAAGUAUUUAAAUUUCUAUGAGAUGGGCAUUCAGUACGUGCAUAUUAAAGAUUAAAGUUCACUGUUAAGAAUUUUUUUCUUAAAAAAGUACAGAGAUCUUUUUCUAUAUCUGAUUUAUUUAUUUCUUUUUUUCUUCCCUAACAUCUUCCUCUAGUAUUAUAAAACUGCCUUUCCCCUUCAUCUCUUAUCCCAAAUGCUCUUUAAAAUUUCUUUAGAAUCAUAUUUAUAUUUUUCAGAACUGUAAGCAUGAUAAUCUUAUGUGUGAUUUUGAACUUCAUCAUGGUCAGAAAUGUUGCGUUCACACAUGGCUGAAAUAUUUGUGCACAAUUAAACAGAAACAUUAAAAAAUUAAGGAUAUAUAUUUCUUAAUCACCUACCAAUCACAGAUCCCUGAUCCCAAGGAUGUUAUAAGAUCCAGGAAUAUUAACAGUUAAAUUGCCAAAUUUAUUUGGAAAUUUCACAUGAAAUAUUUUGAGAUUUACACAUAUUUAGUAAUUAAAACUGUUUAAUAUGCAUAAGUAUAGAACUUAAUUAUAGAAAGAAAAUUAGUAACUUACAUAAAUCACAGCCUUCAGUAAUGAUUUUUGAUAACUUCAAUAUGCAUAUACAUUCAUGUACCUGCUUUAUUUUAAAUUUUCUAAUCUAUACUACUGAGGAGCUUUUUGGAUUUUGUAGAUCAGACAGUUGAAGAAACCAUUUUCAUUUUAUUUCCUGGGUGGCCAGUUUCCAGUCUAUAAUCAACUCAUUAUCCCAUAGUAUAAGGCAUAUUUGGGGAAAAAAUGUAAAAACAAUGCACAAUCAAGAAGCGAGAUUAGGUAUGUAAAUCAUUAAAAAAGCAAUCAGAAAUUGCAAAGCUCUUGGCUUAAGAAUCAAAAAUUACAGCACUUUUGCACUGAGUUAUCUUAUAGCCAUUGAUAAAUAAGUUACGCAUGCCAUAAUAGAAAAAGAUCUGUAUACUUUAAUACUCUGCAUUACUCUUUAAAAUCUAUCCAGUUUUAUCACCAAAUAAAACAGCCUUUUUUUUUAACAGCCUUUUAACUACAGUUCUAAGACCUAUCUUAGCCCUCAAAGGGAAAACAAAUCGAAAUUCAAUUCUUGAAAAGCAAAGUCUUUACAGAAAUUCUUCUGAAGAGGUGGUGAAGAAUUCAUUUCAACCACAUGGCUUAAAAAAAUCCAUUUUUUAUAUCUUUCCCUACCAAAUUUCUACUUUAUAAAUCAUUAUCCCAAAAUUUUCACCAACAUUAGGUUUCUUUUUUCUGUUCUUUCAUUAAAUUUUCUAAAAUUUCCUCCCUCAGCUCCCUCUGUUCUUCUCUCUUUAUUCCUCCAUCCCAUCUCUUUUCUUUUCUCAGCUUCUACCACUCCACCCUGAUCCUUAACGGCAAAAGAAAGCACAGAAAAUCCAAAAAAGAUCUUACUACUCUCCUUAGAAGAGGCUGAAGAUGGAGGGAAGGGAAUGUUGCAAAAGUCAUACAUUAGUAUUUUGGGUCCCACCACAUAAAUGGGAGCAUUUGCACUCACAGAGAGGGAAUGAACUUUGGUUUUUAUUAACUGGAAAUUAAGUGCUUUGGAAAGUAAUUUCAAAAUGGAUGAUGAUGAUCCUUUUCUAUAGCUUCAGAUAAGGAAAUUUAUUAUUAAAAAUUUUGUAUUUUAAGAAUCAAAAACUGUUAUCAAUUCACAGUUGGUGUACAUGUGUUUAUGUAACAGAGACUAGAAGCAAAUAUAUCACAUCUUCUACUAUUAUCACCUUAACUUUUCCAAGCUCAGAUUCCAUUUAGUAGAAAAGACUCAUAUCACUUCAUGUUCAAUCCAAAAAUAUUUUGAUGCUUUUUAUAUGAAGACUCCAAAAGGUAGAGGAGUACACUGAGUCAAUUUGAUGUUAUUCUUUCAUUAGGACACCAGGCACUGAAGUCACCUAACUUCGGUUUUUAUGCUCAACAUUUUCAGCAACUUUCAAUCUUUAUAAUGUUCAGUAAAGAGAGUAUAAACUUUAUUUAGUUCAAUUUAACAAAUUAUCUAUGAAGUGUCUCCUACACACAUAAGAUUUUUAUGGCACAGAUGAGUUUGGCUGUUCUGUCCUUACCUUCAAAACAACUCUUAAGCUUAAAACUUAGAGGUUGGAGCCUAUUUGCUAUGCUUGCUUGCUGUGAUUGCCAAGAGCUAAGGGCCAGCUCUUUCCAUAGAACAAAAAUAUAUUAAAUAAAUUAAUAAAGCCUUGUCCAGUGUGAAUUGGGUUUGCAGUCUUUAUGGAGAGAAAUUUAUUUUGUACUUCAAAUUCUCAUACAACACCCCACACUUCCCCUAGGAGAGAAGAGCAUGCUUGCAGGAUUCUCCUAAGACAAUCUCCGUAGGAAUCACAGAUUUUUCUUGCCCAGUGGCAAACUUUUCAGUUCAUGUGUAGAUUCACUACCUCAAAGGUGCCUCCAAUUAGAAAACAUUAGCCUUUUUUCAAAACAACUCUGAAGUCAUCUCUUGCCCAAGCCAAUUCACUGGUCUUAGUAUACGUAAUAAUAAUUAUGAACCUGCAAUAGUUGCAUAAAAUUCUUUCAAACAUGAUACAUUUAACAAGGGAAAGAGAUGAUUACUCAUGCCUAGAUCUAACAUAUUACUAAACGAAAUAAAGGAAAGGAAAAAUCUUAAGUUGCAGAGACAUAAAUACCCCUCUUCUGUUUCCUUAAAAAACAAAAUAUUAGGCAGGUAUUUCAAAGAUUUCACAGGAUAAAAAUAAAUUUUGUAUGUUAUAGGGGAUGUGACAUUUCCAGGGGAAAAAGGUCAACAGAUCCAGAAGAUACAGGUCAUCAAAAUAUAACUUUAAUCCUCUUUCUUCUAAUAAUUAGAUUUGAAUUUCAAAUUAGUUAUGGAUUUAUAUAAAUGUAUAAAAAAGGAUGUUUACAUCUUGAAAAACAUGGGGGGCCCCUGGGUGGCUCAGUUGGUUAAGUGUCUGACUCUUGAUCUUAGCUCAGGUCUUGAUCUCAGGGUCGUGAGUUCAAACCCCAUGUUGGGCUCCAUGUUAGGCAUGGAGCCUACUUAAAAAAAAAAAGACUUGGGUUCUUUGUUUUUAAUUCGAAACAAAAAUUGGUUGGUUGGCAUUUGCUUUUUAAGGAUUUUAGAAAGAUUUGAAAGUCUACCUUUAGCUUAUCAGUGUUGAUUCAAAAUUAAUUUUAAAAAUGAAACAAAAAAUAAUAUGAAGAAAACUUCAUUUACUAAGGGUAGCAAAGCACUAUUAAAAGAAUAUAAACUUCAUCUUUUAAAAAAAAUUCUGGCAAAUACAAAGUUUUGUGUAUCUCUUAAUGAUACCAAGUCACUUCCAUUGUAUAAUAUUUUUGCACUUUACCAUUGAAAGUAGUUUUUUUCUAAACAAAAAAAGAAAGGUUCUCACAUGAGUUUCCAUGCUGGUUAACUACAGUACCAGAUCUCUACAACAUUAAGAGAACUUUUGUCUCAUUUAAAAGGAAAAAUCUCAAAGACGAAUUCCACUAUCCUUAGACAUACCUAAUUAUAUACAUACCUAAUUUAUCCAAAGGCAUUACAGAAAAAUUACCUGACAGAUGAGGAUGAAAGAUAGCUCUUAAAUGUAAUAUAAAGAAGUGGUUCCUACUUUCGAUUAGAAAAUGAAGUACAGAUUAACAACACAGUUUCCUGGGAGUUGCAAAUUAGAAAGGUAUCAAACAGUGAAAAAUCUUCUCUCAAGUAAAGCUCUUUUCAUACCCAUGUUCUCCAUUAUUUUUAACCUCUGGAUAUCUAUUUUGUUACAAUAAACUCACUUUUUGUUAAGAUAAUAAGUUAUCAACUCAAAUAAUAAAUCAGAAAAGCAGAGAUAUGACUUUAUAGAGUGUUCUACAAAAUAAUGAAAGAAGAACAGCCUACUUCAGGAUUCCUAUUUAGUUAGCCCAGUCUCUAGCUCAUUAGCCCUCAUUGAAAGGAAAACUGCCUUUAUUCCAAAAUGAUAUAUUAUCAUAAAGAAAAAUUCAAGGUAUGAGAACCUUCAUUUUUCAUAUAUCCAAAUUUUAUAUUUAGGCAUUAACUUUGAAAAUAGAUGUCCUUGUUUUCAUAACUUAAAUAUGAGCUUACAUGCAAGCAAUACUGAUGUAAAUAUUUCCAUGAGUUUUGCCACAUUUAUAGAUCAUUAUCCUCAGAACAGUCUUCAUUUGCCUGUGUUCUAGAAAGACCAAAUAUCAUUUAACUUUUUGAAAUCAUGAUAGAUGGAGUGAAUAGUGCUAAAUCAUAAAGAUGAGUAAACAAUGCACUUACAAGAUUUUUGCCUAAUUUAAAAUGUCCUCUUCUAUUGCCUUCAUAAUAAAUUAAAUCUCUCUUCUACAUUUAGUAAUUUGUAGAAUGAAAUAUAUGCAUUUAGUUAGAAAUUGCUUGUUAAAUUUUCAUUUAAACACAUCUUCACUCAGAAGCUUGAAUAUAAUUCAUUCUGUUAGCUCAUUUCUCAUGCAAAGCAGUAACUUUUGCUCUCUUUAGAAUUAUUUACCCAGUAAUAUCAUUAUUUAAGUUGUUAUACAAUUUUUCUUUGACUGUACAGGCUUUACUUAUUGCCACAUAUUUUUAUCUUUGAAAUAAAUCUGCUUAAAAUUGUGGUCUUUAGAAGCUCUAUGACAAAAUCCAUGGUUACUCAUUUGCUAACAAACAUGACUGAAUGAGCUAUUUUUUCUAUCCAUGUGAUUCAUGUGAGCAUUGUUAAAUCUAACUUAUUUGAAUAUUCAUUGGUAUUUUAUCUAGAGCUAUUAUUUCACUAUCUUUAAAAGUACCUUUAAAACAGUACUGAAUUUCAUAGACAAUAUGACAAUAAACAAUGAUUGGGGAUUUUUAAAACUCCUGCAUUGCUUGAAAAAUAAGGUUUAAUAUGCAUAAAUGUUUAUCAUUGAAAUUUUUAAUUUGCUUUAGUGUGAUGUUUCUUCCCAUGUCAUAUGUGUUCAAGGAAAAUUGUAUUAAUAUAUCUAUACUAUGCAAAAAUCUCAUCUUAUUCUUAUAAAUAUAGAGUUUUGACAUAAUUUUGGUUUUUUUUAGGCCUCCAAGAGAAAAAAAAAGUUAAAAUGGGAGCAUUUUUUUCUUUUUUGGUGGGGCAUAAUAUUUGAGCAGUCCUAACAAAUAUGAAUGUGUAACAUUUGAUUUUAAAGAUUACUAUAUGUGCUUUAUUUCUGAUACAUUAUUAAUCAUUUUCUUAAUCACAUCCCAUCUUAGAUUGUGUCUUUGAAAAUCUGAAUAACUACAGGAUAUAAAUGUCUAUGAACAUUUUUCAUAAACUAUACUUGGGUUUAAUUUUAUAUUCAGUACAAACUUUGACAGCUUAAUUUUGAUUUUAAUAGUUUCUUAACAACAUUUCUUUAAAAUGUUGGUUAUAUUAUGCCUUCUAUAAUAACCUUAUUUUUUAAAACUCAGAGGUGGAGCAUUAAUGCAGAACUUGGAAACAGACCAAUUUCCAUUAAAACUGAGGAAAAGACAAAAAGGUAAUACAAAGAGGAGUUUUUUUGUCAAAACUAUUAAUUACCACAUUAAAAAAAACUAUUAGAAAAGAGUGAUUAAAAAUUCUGUCUUAUUACUCUUUUGGUAAUUUUGAAACUAAAAUGCAUUUUGAGGAGGGGAAUCUAAUAUAAAUAAGUCUAUUAAUAUUUGUUAAAAUAUAUAGUGAUAUAUAAAAUAAGAAAUUUUGCCAAAAUAUUAAAAAUAGAAAUUUAUUUUUUAAUUUAUUAAUAAACCAAAUGAUCACAAUUAUUAACAUUUCCAUAUUACUAUUCUUUUGAUUUCUAAGACCUAUAUAUAAUAAAAGAAUUUGUCAAAAAAAUACAUUGAAUUUUGGACUGUCAGAGCAUUUUAUACAUGUCAGUGAAUCACUCUCAAAGAGUUUUUUCUUCUGAUAUUAUUAAAUGUGAAAAAUUUAUAUAAGAUGCAGAAAAAAAACUGAGUUAAAAGGGUAGUCUUUUAAAUCAAUUUAUGCUUUUAUGCAAUUAUAUAUAUUUUACAUAGUUUCAAGUGUUUAAAAAAUGUGGUAUCUGCAUAUUAAUUUUAUGUUAUAUGUUAUGAUCUCAAAGUGCUUAUAUUCUUUCAAGGUGAUUGCCUUCUCUUUUCAGUUGUUUUAAGUAUUAAAAAAAAAGAGCUGCUUUAUAUCAUAUUUCCAUUCAGUCUCAUAAUGCUUAUAACUUUCCAGUUCUCAAAGAGUUGAAGCCAAAUGCCAAAACACGGUGGCUAGAAGUUAUUAUUUUUGAAGUUACUCUCUUCUAAUAUGGGACAGCUGUCUCAUAAAGUCUGCUGGAGAAAGCAAACUCUUAGUUUCUCAUGAAUGGAAAUACAAAAAGAAAAUCCUACAUUGGACUUUAUUCAAAAUAAUGAACAUAUAUUUUUAUAGUUAUUUUUCACUACUUACUGUUUAUUCAAUUUUUUAAAUUUCACCAGAUGGGAUACCUCAAACAAAAGUGAAAGGCCAUCCCAUUUUUGUAUAAACUGCUUUCAGAGUCUCCAAAAAUCCCUUGAGGAAGCAAAACAUUCCCUUUUCCCAACUUAUAACUUCUCUCAACCACUAAAUGAAAUAAUUAGGCUACAGUUUAAUAUAAAGAAGAACAACAGCAUGAUUUCUCCAGUCAAAGCUCUGACACUAUGGGAAACAGAUAUAACAAACAAAAGAAAAAAAAAUUAAAGGAAAUUCUAUCUGUUUGCUGGUACAAAAUUGUAUAAUUCCUAAAUUUUAAAAUUAGUAUAUACAUAUAUAUACUGAUUUACAUUAAAUAUAUUUAUCCAUAAGUUCAUUUGUUCCAUUAACUAAUGUUUAUUGAACACUGUCAUGUACGUGUCCUGUUCUAAGCACUGAAAAUACAGUGACCAAGAUAAGCAAAAGUCCCUGCCUCAUGGAAUUGAUCUUCAAGUGGUAAAGGUACACAAUAAAGAAAUGUUAUGUUGAUAAUUAAAAGCAAUAAAGUUACAUAGCAUGACUGUGGUUUUUAUAUUACAUGGUAAAAUAAAUUUUCUCUGAGGAUGUGACAUUUAAACUGUUAUCUUAAAAGCAUGAAGGAACCAGUCAAGAGAAGAUCAGAAGCAAGAACACUCCAGGCAGAAAGACAAAUUUAAUGUGUGGGAGUUUAGAGUGUUUGAGGGUAGAGAGAACCGUGUGCUUAGUACACAGUAGAACUGAAGAGAGGCAAAAUGAGACAGGAGUGAAAGAACAUUUAUGAGGCAACAGCAAUAGUUUAAGCAGAAAAAUAAAUGUUGGCUUUUGUUAAAGUGGAAGUAGUAAAGAUAGAAGUGGGGGAAUUUGGGCUAUGUUUGAACCCAGGGCUUCCUAAUGAAUUGGGUACGAGGGGUGAAAAAGAAAGAAAAAUCAAAGAUAAAUUCUAUUAUUUGGACAAUGAAAGACAAAGCGGGGGUGGGGAGACGCAGGUUUGAAGGGAAAAAUCAAGAGGUUUUAGCUACAUAAUGCCUGAGAUGCCUGUUAGAUAUUCAAAUGGAGAGAAGUGUAUGUGAGAGUUCCAAGGAGCAAUCAGUGAUAGACAUCAAGAUUUGGAAGUCAUCAGCAUAUAAAUGGUGUUUAAAAUUUUGAGAUCACCCAGGAAAAGGCUGUAAGAUAGAGAAGUAGGCUGCAAUUGAGGUCUAAGGCAUUUCCAUGUGUAGAAGUUAGGCAGAGAAUUGGAAGCCAACAUAGGACACUAAGGGAGUAUAAGGUAAGGUAGAGGAAAAAAGAAAUCCAACUGGUCAUCUGGAUUAAAUGCUUAUAAGAAGCCAAGAUGUGAACUAAGAAAUUGCCACUGGAUUUGACACAUGAAAGUUAUUGGUGACCUUGACAAGGACAGUUUCUAUGAAGUAGUGUAGUCAAAGCCUGAUUGAAGUGGAUUAAGAAGAGAUUGUAGGAAAGCUGGUGGAGUCAAUAUCUAUAAACAAUUCUUUCAAGAAGUUUUACUCUAAGAAAUAGGGCAGUAGCUGGAGGGAGAUACGGGGUCAAGAGAGAUUUUUGUGUGUGUGUGUGUGUGUGUGUGUGUGUGUGUGUGUGUGUGUGUGUCUAGAGAAAAGAUGCUAGAGUAUAUUUAUAUACUAAUGAGAAUGAUCUGGUAGAAAGGGGAAACUGAUUAUGAUUAUGCAAGAGAAAACAUAUAGAAAAGGCCUUGAGAGGUAGAAGGGUUAGGAUACAUAGUAUAAGUAGUAGGGAGGUUAGUUUUUGAUAGGAGGAGACAUAGAACUGCAAUGGGAGGGAAGGCAGAAUUGCAGAUAGGUUGGUGGAUUUGUGGCGGAAAGGUAAAGAUGUUACUAUGUGAGUAGUUCUAUUUACUAUUGCCAUAAAAGUCAUUACGCAGGGUGGGAAGGGAGUAUAGAUUGGAGGAGAGAGGUAUAAGUAGUUGGAAAGGGGAAAAGUGAACUAUAUAUAUAUAUAUAUAUAUGUAUAUAUGUAUAUAUGUAUAUAUGUGUAUGUGUGUGUAUAUAUAUCACACACACACACACAUACAUAAACACAUAGUCAGUGGGUAUUUGUGUAUAUGUUGUACACCACGGGAAAAAGACAUAUUGUAUGAAAUAUUUUAAAGCCAUUCUUACUGAAUAUUUUUGAGACAUCUUACUUGAAGGACCUGAAACAAUUCUGUGCUUUCUGAGAACUCUAAAAACGGUGUUCUCUUUUCCAUAAUGUAGAGAUUGAGGACUUUUCAAUGCCAUAGAUACGUCUCAUGUUUUGUUAUUUAUUUUUGUCUAUUACAGAGUAAAAGGCAGAAAUAUUUUGUAGCUAUUCUAAUUCAAAGCCUAUGAAAAUUAUUAAAAUUAGUUUAAUCUUGAAAAAUAUGUAUUAUAUAUUCAAGCUGGUAGUUUUCUCAAAAUACUAUUUUGGAGGGUUUUAAGCCCCCAUCUGAAUUUAAAAAAAAAAAAGGCAAGCAGGCUCUAAUCAUUUAGUAAAAUAAUACUUUUGUUUUGUUUUCAUAUGAAAAACAUCAGUACCAUCUGUCAUUUAGGAGAAACACAUGGGCAAUAUGGUUGUUUUGUUCAUUGUGCCCUCCCUAUCCUACUGGAAGGAUGUGAUCUUUUAAUUGUGCUUGGAUCUUUAUUUCUGGAUAGGAUGUAUGUAAUUCAAUGUGUUGAAUUUAUAGGUGCAUAUGGAUUUGAUGUAAAAUUAGAUUGUGAAUAAUGGAAUAAGAUUGCUCUCCAUUUUUUUGCUGUUUUAGCAUAGACAAAAAUAGAAAGAUGUAUGUGUACAUAUGAAUAUGUAUUUGAUUAAACACUUAAUAUUUAAAUGGCCAUGUCAAAUAUUAAGUGGUAGAUGUUGACAGUUGCAGUAUAUUCAAAAUAAAAGUUAUAAAAAUCUUUGUAGCACAAAUACUAAAAAGUUUAAUUUAAUACUUAGUAGUACAUUUAUAUAAAAUGCCUAGAUAACAUCUGUCUAGGUUGAGGCAUUUAAUCCCUCAUAGAGCAAUAUUUGACUAAUGAAAAACUGCAGCUGAAAACAUUUCUCUUUCCUGUAAGUAUGAAUAUGGUUUUUAAAAUGUAUCUCUCUGUAACUUGUCAUAAAGUUAAUUAUCAUUAAUUAUGGAUUUAGCAGUGUACCCAUCUACUCUUACAAAAGGGGGAAAAGAUCUGUGAGAAUAAGGAAGUACAGCAUGGUAUUUUUUUUUUCUUUGUUAUUACUGUUUCUCUUUGGUAUCUAUUUAGAGCUUCAAUAUAUGCCUUCCGCUCAGGUUCCUUACACAGACUAUGUUCUUUCUCUUUUCUGGUUGUAUAACAAGAUUGUAGAGAGAUAAACACAGUAAAAGGGUGUUAAAAAUUGAACUGCAAUCCUACCUAUUAUCUACUUUGCUACAGCAGUGAAGUAGUCCAGACUUACUUAAAGGUGGUAUUGUUUUCAUCUUAUAAAAAUCUACUGUAAUCUUAUGAUGUUCCAUGUAAAUUUUCAUGUGCUGGCAUGCUUACAAGUAAUAGUGUUAUAGGAUGCUCAGCUCUCAAUGAGGGAUUGUUUGUGGUUAAUUGCAUUACAUAUAUCAUCUAUCUAUUUGCUGAAAGAAUAUGGUGUUUAGCAAAACUACCUGCUGAGCAACAUAAUAAGAUUUUUGUACAAAGUACAAAUUACUAAUUAUUGUAUUUUAUUUUUCUAUGAGUUCCUAAGAGGCAUUACCAGGGUCUUACAGAUGGAGUAAGCCUGUUUAUUAAAAUAUCUUAGCAAAUAAAAGUUACAG